CUUCCGGUUUCCAUUUUUUAACUUUUCUGAGUUACGAAAUAUUUUAGAAUAAUUGCUGAAUUACUCUAAAUACCUGUAUAUUAUAACUAAUUGCAUGCCAUCAGAAGAUAUCGGAUGAUUUGAUACUGAUAUUAGCAACAUAGUAUGGCCAACAUUGCAGUGCAACGCAUCAAACGAGAGUUCAAAGAAGUUGUCAAAAGUGAAGAGGUUGCAGAAUGCCAUAUACAAGUAGAAUUGGUCAAUGACAGUUUUACAGAAUUAAAGGGACAAAUAGCAGGGCCUCCUGACACACCCUAUGAGGGUGCAACUUUCAAUUUAGAAAUCAAAAUUCCUGAAACAUAUCCAUUUAAUCCUCCUAAGGUCAAAUUCCUCACUGCAAUAUGGCAUCCAAACAUCAGUUCUGUGACAGGCGCAAUCUGUUUAGAUAUUUUAAAAGACCAGUGGGCAGCUGCUAUGACUUUACGGACAGUGCUGUUAUCGUUACAAGCUUUACUGGCAGCAGCAGAACCAGAUGAUCCACAAGAUGCUGUCGUUGCUAAACAAUAUAAAGAAAAUCAUCCUAUAUUUUUAAAAACUGCUAGACAUUGGGCAAACAUAUAUGCUGGGGGUACAAUUAGGGAAGAUGAUUAUGACAAUAGAGUUAUACAAUUAAAAAAUAUGGGGUUUGAUCCGCACAAGGCAAGAGUAGCACUAUCAACACAUAACUGGAAUGUUGAGCGAGCAAUGGAGCACAUACUCAACUACUGACAUCUAUACAAAGCCAUGAAACAUUCUCAGUAGCCAUGUGGUGACAUCUAUAAAAACAAUUACCAUCUUGUGUUGCUUGUAGUGACACGUAUAAAAGGACUUCCUGAGUUAUGCAACUCAAAGUGACAUCUAUACAAAAAGAUGCAACACUUUCCAAAGUAGAACUUGAGGAUAAAUGAUAAAUUCUCAGGCAUUAUGAGGGCCAUGUUCUUAGGCAUCAUCCUAAAGUAAAAUCAAUAACAGAUAAAUUCACGAAUCCGGAAUCAGAUGUGCUUGGAAAUAUCAUCAGGAUAGGUGUAUGUAUAGGACCAAG